AUGUCCACCACCCGCACCGCGCUGCUCGACAGCCAAGACGACAACGCGGAGACGGACGCGACCGCGCCUGGCGACGCCGCGCCGGCCGAGGCGCCGCCAAAGUUCACGCUGCGCGGCGAGGCGUGGACGAUGUUCAUGCUCGGCUGGCCCAUGGUGGUGAGCUUCGUGUGCCGGAUCGGCAUGGCCUCCACAGACACCGCCUUUGUCGGCCACCUCACCAACGCGACGACCGGCGUCUUCUUUGACCGCCCGUACAGCGGGGAGGAGUACCUCGCCGCGGCGUCGCUCUCCGACAUGGUGGUCAACAUCCUGAUCGUGCCUCCGCUCGCCUUCAACCAGGUGCUCAACGCGCUGGUCGGGCAGGCGCUCGGUUCGGACAACAAGAAGAUGGCCGGCACGUGGCUGCAGCUCUCCGUCUUCUUCCUCACGACGAGCUACCUGCCCUUCAUGCUGAUCCAGUACCUCUUCACCGCCGACGUGCUCAAGCUGCUCGGCUUCAACCACGACAUCUGCGAGCUCGCCGGCGUGUACGCGCGCUGGAACCUCUUCUGGCCCAUCCCGAACGGCAUCUACCAGUGCAUGCGCUUCUACUUCCAGGCGCAGGGCAUGCCGCGCCCCGCGAUGUGGAACAACCUCGCCUUUGUCCUCGUCAACGCGCUCCUCAACUGGACCUUCGUCUUCGGAGGGCCGCUCCAGUACGCCUGCGGCUGGACAGGGCGCCUGGAAGCACGCCCGAGCCUUCUCAAGACCAUGCCUGUAGGCGCAGCGAUGUCCAUCUCGGCGUCGCGCUGCCUGCAGCCCCUCACGUACUGGCUGUACAUGUUUGUCUACCGCCGCGCGCACCUCGAGACCUGGCCCGGCCUCUCGUCGGCCUUCCUGCGACCGGACCGCGUCCGCCGCUUCCUGGCGCAGGCGCUGCCCCUCAUCGGCACGCUCCUCUUCCAACCGCCUGGACGCGUCCUUGCGCACGUCCGCACCCUCGCCAUCUCCGCUUCGUCCGCCGUCUCGGCGGCGACGCAGGUGGCCUCGUCCGGCCUCUCCGCCGCUUUCACCGCCGUCGCCGCCGUUCGCAUCGGCUUCCACCUCGGCCGCGGAGACGUGCGCGCCUCAAAGGCGGCGAUGUGGAUCGUCGUCGGCACGAGCGUCGGCACGAGCCUGCUCACCGUCGCUGUGCUCUGGCCGUUGCGCGCGCAGCUCUGCGAGCUCGUCACUUCGGACAGCGAGGUCGUGCCCGUCGCUUCGAUGCUGGUCGCCGCCGCCUUUGUCGCCGCCGGCUUGCCGCAGCCGAGCAUCGGUCAGGGCCGAACGUUCGUGACGACGCUGCUCUCGUUUGGCUUCGAGCUGCCGACCUCGAUCGGCGGCACCGCCCUGCUCGUCUACGAGGGGCUGCUAGCGAUCACGUGGGCGGGCGGCGGCUUCUCGCUCGUCGAGGACCAGGGCUCGAGAUGA